AUGUUUCAAAGUUUUUCAGAAGAAAAGAUUGAUUCUGGUUGUGGCAGUCAAAACUCAAUACAGGACUCUCAAGAUUUCCUCUCUGACCUUUAUCCCAGUCAAACUACAAGGAUGUAUCAAAAAUAUGUGAACGAGCCCCCACUGUACAAAUCUACAGGCCAGGUAGACUUACAUAACAAAAUUACAAGUACAAGUUCCUAUCAAAAUUUGGAUUAUCGCAAGCUAAAAGGCAAAGAAAAUGAUGACAGAACAUUGGUAACUGCUGUUGUCAAUGCAAUCAAAGAUUCAUCAAGUGAGGUAAAAGAAAAUUUACAGCAAAUAUUCAGAAACAUCAGUGAAUUACUUUCCAAAAAUGAUGGAAAUGUGGAGCAAAUAAGUGAAAGAUUUGGACAUGAAUUCCAAAAACAACAUGAAAAACUGUUAUCAGUCUUUGAAGUCAAUAAUCAACACAAACAAGAAAUUGCUGAGAAAGAGCAUCAGCUUUAUGUUCUUAAUGAGCAAAUGAAAUCCUUGGAAAUUCAAAAUUGCCUUGAAUUCAAGAUUACAGAAAUAAUAACAGAAAAACUUUCAGCCUACAAGUCAUAUAUAAAUGACAGGGGAGAAGAUCAUAACUGUUAUGAUCCAAGAAAGAAAUGCAGAAUGCUAAAGAGAAGAGCCCGAUACCUUAUGAACUCUAAGGCUGCCACUAGUAUUUCUCCUUUUGUUUCUCCAGCUUUGACUUUGAUUAGCCAUACAUCAUCACCUGGAGUGUCAGUAAAAGAAAUCAAUUUACAUAACACAACCAAACCUGGUAAUGAAAUGAUGCAGAGAAAAUCCUGGCAUGUACAGACCACCAAAUCUGUUUACAAGAAAUUUUGGGAUUUGUAA